AUGAAUAUCGACGCCUACGACAUAGACCUCUACGAGAAAUACAUGCAUAUCCACUUGUUCCCUUGGGCUAAACACCUUUUGAACAAUCCCACCCACUCCGAUUUGACGUUUUACAUCUAUUCCGCGCCGUUCCCCGGACACAGAGGUAUUAUCUUUGGACAAGUACCUGGGCAGUCCGCAUGCCCUCUGGAGGAUGGUGGAAUAUCUAUACAGCGGAACCUAUUCGAUUCCGACACCAGUCACGAUCACGCAUCGAAGAGGUAUUGGUCCACUGCUCAUUGGAAAGAUGGGCGCGUUGACAUGAAGCCAGACGACGACUAUCUUCUCAAAGAUGCUCAUGUAUUCGCCUGUGCUGCUUACUAUAAUGAAUUGAAGGAUGUUAUCGCCAACUGGGCGAUCGAGUGUUAUUGCUUCCUCGGAGAAAACCAGGAAUUCCAGGAUCUUCUGAGGGAGGUCCCCAAACUCAAUCACGAUAUAAAUCGGCUCUCAGGAGGUCGGCCCUGGCCGGAGCCAUAUUGGUAUCCCAGGCCGCGCAGACACAGACCUGAAUAUUGA